AUGUUCAAUCGUCUCCAUCACCCAUUUGACUUGGAAUCAUUUUCUUUGGUUUGCAAGAGAUUUCUUGCUCUCACCAAUCGUCUACGCCGCCAUUUGUCUCUACUUGACUCCACUCUUCUCAUAAACGGUACCAUAUCUAAACUCAUUCACCGAUUUUCGCAUAUUAUCUCUAUUGAUCUUAGUAAUUUCCAAGGUGACCUUGAUCUUGUUGUUCUUGACCUCGCCAAUUCUGUCUCAUCCUAUACGUCUAAUAUCGAACAACUUGAUAUCUCUAAUCAGAAACAAUUACCCGUCACCGGGUUGAAGGAAUUGGGCCGUAAAUUGAAGGCACAGUCGUUUCCGUUUCUGGAAGAGUUUGAUUGUAGUUAUUCCAGUACGGAUUUAAAUCCCUAUCCUGAACAUAUUAACCCUAGCGAUUUGGCGGUAACUGAUUCCGGGAUUGAGGUUUUAUCAGUGAAUUUGAGGAAUUUGCGUAGGAUUAAUGUUUCUAGGAUUGAGCUAAUUACUGAUAAGUCCCUUGUUGCUCUGUCUAAGAAUUGUUUGAAUUUACAAGGCAUUGAUGUGGUGGAUUGCCCUCUGAUAACUUCAAAAGGUGUCCAUUCUAUACUACGUAGUUGUACUGCUUUGAGUUGGAUUUCAGUGUCCGAGAUUCACUUUCCUCGAUCACGCUCUGGUUUUGAACGUUUGGCUUCUUGUCGCCGAGCUUUGCAGACAUUGAAUGUCACCAGCUCGAUGAUUUCGGAUGAAUUCCUCUUAUUGAUGGCCAAGUCUUCUCUCCCUCUAUCCAGGCUUUCAAUUUGCUGGUGCAUAAAUUUCACAUUAUCUGGUAUCUCUUUGCUCUUGUGUGCAUACCAAUCACUAAAGUACUUAUCUCUGGUUCAAGUAGAUUUCUUGAGUGAUGAGUCCAUGAAUGAUUUAUCCAAAUAUCUACAGAUUCUAGUUACCAUUGAUGUCAGUGGUUGUAAGAGAUUGACCAUUUCGACGUUCUUCACACUUGCAAGAAAUUGUCCUUUACUAGAAGCAAUUAACAUGGGAAGUACUGAUUUGGGGACGAAGGAUUCUUUUCAUAAUGGUGUGAAGAACCCAAGAAUCAGGUCUGUUAAUCUCCGAUAUAAUUGGUAUCUAGAUGAUGGCACUCUCACAAAAGUUGCUUUAAUGUGCCCCAAUAUGGAGAUUCUUGAUGUGUCCACAUGUCUAAGUCUUACAGAGGCAGGUAUUGCUUCAGUUCUUGAGGUUUGCAAUCAGAUAAGGAACUUGCAGUUUGAGAGCUGUCCAUUGAUUAAACAUAUAGGAGAAGGCGCGGAAUUGCCUAAUGUUGAGGUAGUCAGUGCAGCUACUUCAGCAAUAAACGACGAAGGCCUGGCCUUGAUUGGGAGCAGAUGUUCUCGCCUAUUGAAAUUAAACUUGACUUUCUGUGAAGGAGUGACAGCAGAUGGCAUUCAGGCUAUGGUGACAAAUUGUAGAUCAUUGAGAGGGAUACAAUUGAAGAUGUGUCCGCAAAAGAUUACCAUAGCCGAGACUGGAGAAUUUCCAUAUGUUCUCCACGGUGAUGAGCUCCUUUCUAUCUUUGUUGCAAGACAAUUAAAGAUGGCAAAAUUCUGUUACUGUGAG